UUUUUAUUUUCAUCAUGAAUUCAUUAAAAAAAUAAAUAUAGAGAUAAUGGACAGCACUUGUAUGCACGGCAGAUAAAGCUGCUCUGUUUGGGCGCCAACACUUCCGACGCGCGCAAUCCGUUGGUCCCACUAAGCUACGGCGUGGUGAUAGCUUUCCGGCGGACACGCUCCGGCUACAGGCAGAAAACAACUACAAGUUGCUGUUUUUAAUUUGUCACAGGUGUGGUUCUAUGGAAUUGGUUACUUUUUCCCGCAUCCCAAGAAUCGAAUUCAGAUAUGUUUCCCAAAAUAAUUUCAUAUCAUACAGAUGUAAAUGUCUAGAAAAGGAUUGGCAUUGGUUUGGUAAUUUGUUAUUUAGGCCUCCACUACAAAGGCUGUCUCAAUUCUCUCGUUGCCAUGCUAUUAAGAUGGCUUCCAAUGGGUAUGUGGGGCGAGACAGCUACAAGUAUAAUAAAACUAAAUUGUACAAAGGGCUGGAAUUAGCUUCUUGUUUGAUCAUCCCUCCACCAAAAGAUAAGAAGCCACGUGCAAUUAUCAAAUUCUUGGGUGGUGCCUUUAUUGGAGCAGUUCCUGAAGUUACCUACAGCUAUCUGAUUGAGUGUUUGGCGAAUGAAGGUUUUCUUAUAAUCUCUGUGCCAUAUCAUGUGACAUUUGAUCACACUCAAGCCGCCAGAGAAAUAUAUGAGAAGUUUAACACCUGCUUGGAUAUAAUUUUAGCAUCUGGACUGCCUGAUGUGAACAUAACAGCAGGCGAUCUUGUUCAUCUUCCCCUUUAUUCUGUUGGUCACAGCAAUGGUGCACUCCUCCAAGUACUCAUAGGAAGUUAUUUCUCGGAGAGGAUACCAAAGGCUAAUGUUAUAAUCUCUUACAACAACAAGCCAGCAACUGAGGCAGUGCCAUACUUUGAGCAGCUGGGUCCUCUUGUGAGUCAAAUAAUGCCCAUUGUGGAAGCAUCUCCAGUGUAUUCCAUUGCUUCAAGUGCUUCAGGAGAUGCAUGGAAGGUGCUGCUUGACAUGGCUGGAAGAAUGGGACAAAACUUUGAUCAGGGAGCUGAAAUUUCAUUGACCAAAUUUGCUGAUCAAUUGCCCUCGGUGCUGAAUCAGGUCAAACAAGGGAUAUCAGAGUUCAAGCCAACACCUGCUGAGAAUCGUGAUUUUUUUAGGAACUCAUAUAAUGUCAAACGUACACUACUGGUGAAAUUCAACUUUGAUGCAAUUGAUGAGACAGAUCUCCUUGAGAAGACACUGAAGCCUCGUGUGGAGUCUAUAGGCGGGACACUGGAGAAGGUGUCAUUGGAUGGUAACCAUAUCACACCAUGCAUGCAGGAACCAAGAUGGCAAGUGGCUCAGUUGUAUACACCAGCAGAUGCUAUUGCUCAAGGGAUUAAAACUUUCACACUGAAUGAAACUAGAGUGCUUUCUAGAACUAUUAGUGACUGGUUUGGGCUGUCUCAUCAAAGCUGAUGGUAGAUACCCUGUUGGUAGGUCUCAAGUGCGUGGGUGUGUAUUGCAUCUUUCAACAUGAAAACUGUGUCUGUACAGUUUGAGAAUGUUUUUUCUGAAAAUAAUGUGUUUGAACUGCAAGGAGAACUGGUUGAUGGAAGAAUAAUGCAUUUCAAAAUUUUAAGAGUUUUGUCUGCA